AUGGCGCCAAGGAUUGUAGAAAGUCUCUUCUCAAAACAACGACCUAACUUAGAUGCUGAAAAAAAGACUUUCAAUCUGCAGCUUGCAUUUGUAGGUGCUGAAGGUUCUAAAACAACUCAUUCUGUCAAGAAAAGUGCUUUGAACAGCUCUUCAUGCAGUAUUGAUCCUACUCAAAAUGGUUUUGGACUUGAAAAACAGAUCAACAGAACUGGAUUCCUGAAACAGAGUAGACCUAAUUUUCUUAAAGAUGGUUCUAUACUUGAAGUGGGAGAAGUGAGGGGUGAUGACAGCUCUAGAAAUGAAGAUUACAUUAAGGCAACUGACAUCAAUCUGUUGGAUACAGAUACUGCUUCUGGUCCACUUAAGGAGGAUGUCUUAGAAACUGAAGUAAGUAUAAAUGAUGCCUCCAAAUCUGAACUAGGAGCAAGCCAAAUAAACAAACUGAAUAUGGUCAAAAAGGUGAAAAGUUCUCAGUGUUUAGAUGACAGAAAUGAAGUAACAGAUGUGCCCUCAUUUUUAUCUUCUGAGUGGUCACAGUUGAAUCUUUCAGGUCUAGAUGAAAGCCUGCUUGAAAAAAUGCCUUGCGUUUCUCAGCCCCCUCCAUAUGGAACUGAUGUUGAAGAUUCCAUAACUGAUUCAUUACAUAGUACAAAGAACCUGAAUUGUGAUACUUUAAGAAUGGUCGAGGAAGAAUCAUUAUGUCCUACUCAAGAUAAAAAAAUGUUACGUUUGAAAGUAUGUUCGGCAAACUCUGAUGAUGAAGCCAUGAAUGCUAAUGUUGGCAUUAACAAGGUUGUGUCAGGACGUCAGUCGCCAAAUAAAAUGACAUUGCAGAAAGAAUUAACUUCUGAAAUUUCUCAGACAGACUUGCUGAUGCUAAAUAUUGACUUGCCUUCUUCUGCAAAUGAACUAACUGCAACUGGUUGUGAAGAACAUGUUGUAGUGGACAACUAUAUGACCAUGGUCGAUAAGAAUUCCUUAAAGAAAGAUUAUAAACCACUUAGCAUGCAAGAAGAGAUGGCUAAAUGUUCCACGGUCAUAGUUAAAACCUCAAAGCAAGAAUCUGCAGUAAACAGCUUAGUAUGCUUAAGGGCUGAUAACACCAAGAACACUAACGAACUGGAUGUGGGCUCUGUUAAUAGGAGUUUGCCAUCUGCCCUAGUUAAACGUCCAAGGAAAUUUGUGUAUUCAUUACAGGAUUUUUCAACUUUUCAAAGCCAAAAGGAUUAUUCUGGUGUUCAAAGCUCUGAAAAACAUUCAUAUGGACACCCUACCAGGCCAACUUACUUGGAAUGUAAAUCAUUUACCGAAAAAGCUCCUAUAGCAACUAAUUCAGUGCAAGAUUUGUCCACUUCAUCUAUCAAUGACAACUCUGUACCUUCAGACAUUGAUUCAAAACUGCUUACUCAGUAUUUUAAGGAAAACCCAACAACAAAAACCAUGGAAGAGAUAGUAGAAGGCAAAGAUCUAACAACUGUGGAACUGAAACAGACAGCUGCGUAUCCUGGUACUAUUAAUGAUGCUCCGAUACUUGACUGUUCUGAAAGAAUAUACAAGUAUUCCAAGGAGUGUGACACUCCUUUGAAUAGCAAACCUGGGUCAUCUAUGAGACGGAGAGUUUUGGCUACAGCAUAUGGGGAGUCAGCAAAGGAUUUUGAACAUAAGCAAAGCCCUGUAGUUUCACAUGAAUAUCUUGACCUGCUUCACAGUAAUGACAUUAUGCAUGACACACAUGACUGUGCAGCGCAGCAAAGGAGAAACCCACCUGAAUCUUCUGUGGAGUAUCUUGAUAGUGUUUCAGAUAAAUAUAGAAACAAUAGUGUGCUAGAAGGCAGAGCAGACAUUUGUGAGACAUCACCAAAAAUCAUUCACUUUUCACCAGUUUCUACUUCAGCUAAGCAGAGACACCACAAUUUUCAGACUGAAUCUAACAAAAUAAGUGAUGUGCCAGAUGUCUGUCAUAGAAACAGAGCAACAUCAGAUGGUGAAGAUGAAAAUGUGAUUGUUCAGUCCACCAGGUUGCAGGUAUAUGGAAGAGACCAUAGAGAACAGAGGAAGAUUGUAUCAAACAACUUGGCAGACCAUAGAAAAAAUAUAAAAGUACUCUCAUUAAAGAAUGCCACAGAGUCACAUUUUAAAAGAGACUUAAAUGUUUUGCCAGAAUAUCUUGAAGAUGGCAGUUGUAAAGCUGAGAAGUGUGGCAUUAUCAUGUGUGAUGCCAAGGAUGUCUCAUCAAAUUAUGUGGAGGGAAGUAAAACCCAAUGUACAAGUCAAAGCUGUAAUGCUGACGUUUUAACAAUGAACACUUCAAAACCCUUUUCUAAUUUUCUUAACAGUGGUUUCAGAACUGCUUCUAAUAAAGACAUUAACUUAUCUGUUGAAGAUGUAAAUAGGGGUAAUUUGCUGUUUAGAGAAAUUGAAGAUGAGUAUUUGCUGAAUAUCAGUUCUGCAGUAGACAAUAAAAAUGCUCCGUUACCUGUGGGUUAUAACACUGAGCAAGAUGAGAUUAAUCAUAAACAAUGUUUCAGGAAUUCAAAACUGGAUGAGAUGCCUAUGCAUAUUACAAAAUCAGUGCAAGCAUCUCACACAACACUUAAAGAGCACAAUUCUACUUUACAAGAAAGGAAGCAGCAGACCAUUGUAGAUCCCAUUCUGACACCAAGUCAGAAAGCUGAGGUAGCUGAAUUGUCUCAUAUUCUAGAAGAAUCUUAUAGCCAGUUUGAGUUUACACAGUUCAAAAAGAAAUGUGGUUUCCAAAACACUGUAGAGAGUAAAGCUGCAGAGUUAUCUGUGAAUGACAAUUUAGAAUCUUGUCAUAAUGUUUCAGAUGUUUGGAAAGAUAUUGAUUUUGAUGACAGUUUUGAUGCCAGAUCACAAACAGUACAUAAAGACCAGUCAUUUGAAAGUGUAGGUGGUGCUGAUGGACCUAAAGUCAGUACUGAAAAGAAGUUGGAUAUGUCUCCUCAUGUUCCUACGGGGAAAAAUCUACACUUGAAACAUUUAGAAACUCUUGGAUGUAGUAGUUUACCUACUGGUAAAGUAGUAAAUAUUAAUAAAGAAGUCUCGGAAAGAACAGCAGACCUGUUAAGUGACACAAACAGUGCUGAUAAGCAGUUCUUGGAUCCCAAAUCUCAUGUAGCUGAGCAGUCAUAUAUAAGGGAGUCAUCCACUUUAGUUGAUUGUUUCACUGAUAAAAAGCAAGAAAGCAGUUCUGCAGGGGAUGUAGUAGAAAUGCAAGUUACAGAUCAUCAGUGCAGUGUAGCUCACAGUUUAAUCAGCAGUAACCUUGUUUGUCAAAAGCAUGAUAUUGCAUAUGAAAAAGUAAAUAACUUUGAAUCCACAUCUGAGAAACUGACUGUAGCUACAGUACUGUCUGACACAAAAUUAUGUCAAAAUAAAAGCAAACACAGUUGUCCUAAUGUAAAAGAUGAAUGUGCCACCAAUAGGAAGAACGUGGAUGUAGCAAAACCGCCUGGAUAUCGGGAGUAUUCCAGAAUAGAAUACGAUAGUAAAUUGAAAUCUGAAACAAAACAUGAGAUGUCUGUUCCUCAUGAUUUGGGGGAUGGGAGUAGACAUUGUGCAUCAUGUUUGGAGUUAAGUACAGAUCUUCAGCUGAUAAGUAAACAACAGCCAAACUGUGAAAAAUUGCAGUCACCAAAACUCAACUGGGUUGACAGCCCCAUUGAAAAAACAGGCUUUUGCACUGCAAGUGGUAAGAAAGUUGAGAUUUCUAAGGCUGCUUUAAGUAAAGCAGUUUGUUUCUUUGCAGGUGAGUUUUCGGAAAGUGGGCUGGGAGAUUCUUUGCUAACAUGCAACACCUACUCUGUAAAUAAUGCUGAUGGAACAAGAGUGGAAAACAAGUUAAUCAGCAAUGAGACUGUACUCAAGAACAAAAUAAUAGAACAAGAUAAACCUUUAGAGAUAUCGAUGAAUGGUGAGAUCAUCUCUGACACUUUGGAGCUUUCCAUUCAAAACAGUGUCUGUAAAAGCACGGACUCUAAAAACCUUACUAAUAAAGCUGAAUUUCAUUUAGUUACAGAUAAGGCUACCACUGUGAAAGUGUUUCCACCUGAUAAUUGUAAUGUGUGCAAGGAACAUGACAUCUCUGGGGAUCAGGAAGCUGUCCGUUUUACAAAACCUGGUGAAAUAACAUUCACAAGCAUAGAUGCAGGCUUUUGCAGUGGAGAACAAAAUGUUAAUACUGCAAGUACUGAUAAGGUUUUGAUGCCCAUAGAGUCAUUAGAUAAGGCUGAAGCUUUAUUUGAUAGUGGUGGCACUUCAGACAGUACAGUGAAUAAAAGUGAUAUGCUUACCCUUAAAACUAGAAAAACUUUUUAUUGGGCAAAGCCAGUAAGUGGUAAGAGCCAGAAUGCAUUUACUAAAUUAGACGGUAUGAUGGUAAAAUUAUCUAGUGGAGAGAUUCCAGACCCUCAUUUCAUUGGAUUUGGUGCUGGAAACAAUGAAGCAUCUCCAUUACCUAAUACAUUAGAGAUACCUUAUAAAAAAGGUGUGGAAAAUGAAGUGUGUAUUGGAAAGAACUUUGACAGUUCAGUUAUAGUGAAACAACUUGACAGCAUUUCAUUAGGUCAGAAAAUUUCUGAAAAUGAUGCCAGAAGUGAAAAAUGGAGUGUCAGAUCAGUACAAAAAGAGGAAGAAACCAGAGAUUUAUGCCAAGUAAUUGGUAACAAUUCAGAAUGUGCUAAUUCUAAGGAAAACGACGGUAAAGAACUUUGUAGAAGUCAGUCAGACAAUUUAUUAAUGCAUAACCUUGCUUCAGUAAUUAAGAAAAAGUCUGAUGAGGGUUCCUUAUUUCAUGCUGGUGAGCUUGACAUUUAUGAUAGGAAAGGUAUUAAUGAACAACAGGAAGAAAAAGGUUCUCUACAUUUAAUAUCUAGAGGAGAUGAGAGAGUCCAUAUCAGACCUUCAGGUUCUAAAUGUUCCUGUAUUAAACAAGGUAUUUCUGCAGUGGACAAAUUAACGAUAGCAGGCACUGAAGUUCAUUCACCAUAUCCUGUGUGUCCCUACAGUGCUGCAAAAAGGGAAAAAGGGAAGCAAAUUAAAGAAGCAUUUUCUGGAACUGACAUUUACCUUGAAGAAGACCCUGAUUGUACUGUUGUACAAAAAUAUUCUGUAGUAGAAGAAACAGGAACACAAAGAAAAUCAGAGACUCCAUUAAUGGCGUCUGUUGCUGCUUUGAAUUCUACAAGUGGGAACAAUGUGAAUACUUCCAGUAAGGCUUCGCUGAUAUCUGAAACAGUGUUUUCUAAAUUAGAUACUUGCAAUAAUCAGGAAUCUGAAGACAUUAGUUUUGCAAGAGAUGUACCCAAAGCAGAAAACUCGCACAUGGCAAAUAAAAGAGAAGAUUUUUCACUAUAUCCUGUAGCUGCAUUCAGUACUGCAAGCGGAAAGAGAGUCAGCAUUUCUAAGGAGUUUCUGAAGAAAGCUAAAAACAUGUUUUUUGAAAUUGAUGUGCCUAGUAGUAAUGAAAGUGAAGUUAUUUCUGUUGUGCAAGACUUUACCAAAAUGGAAAGGCCAGAACUGAUGAGUAAAGCAGAAAAUUCUUUUCAGUAUUCUGCUGUUGCAUUCAGUACUGCAAGUGGAAAGAGUGUCACUGUUUCUGAGGAAUCCCUGAAGAAAGCUGAGCAAAUGUUUUCUGAAACUGAUACAUGCAGUAACAGUGAGCCUAGAGUGAUUCCUGUUGAGCAAAGCAUUUCCAAAACAGAAAGGACAAAACUGACAAAGAAGGGAUGUCCACUGCGUCUUGAAGCUGCGUUCAGCAGAGCAAAUGGAAGAAUGAUGAGUAUUUCUGAGGCCAUACUGAAGAAGGCUAAGAAGGCAUUUUCUGAAAUAGACACCUUCGAUACUAGUGACUUUGAUCUCGUUAGCAGUGCACAAAACUUUUCCAAAACGUACAGGACAAAUCUCCCAAAUGAAGUAGAUCUUCUGCAGUGUCCUCUGGGUGCAUUUAGCACUGCGAGUGGAAAAUGUUUAAGUAUUUCUGAGGACUCCCUGAAGAAAGCUAAAAGAAUGUUUGCUGAAAUUGAUGUGGGAUUUGACAGUAAUGUUGACACUGUUUCUGUUAUACAAAACUUUUCCAAAACAGAAAGAUCAAAACUGUCAUCUGAAGGGGACAGAGCUUCACUGCAUCCUGUAGCAGCAUUCAGAACUGCAAGUGGGAAAAUGGUCAACAUUUCUGAGGACUCGUUGAGGAAGGCUAAGAAGAUGUUUUCUGAAGUCGACACCUGUGGUACUAGUGACUCUGACCAUGUUAAUAGAGCACAAAGCUUUUCCAAAACAAACGGGGCAAAUCUUACAGAUGAAGUGUAUCUUCCCAGGUGUCCCCCAAGUGCAUUUAGUACUGCUGGUGGAAAACGUUUAAGUAUUUCUGAGGACUCCCUAAUGAAAGCUAAAAGGAUGUUUGCUGAAAUUGACGCUGCCUCUGCCAAUAAUGUUGACACUGUUUCUGCUGUACAAGGUUUUUCCAAAACAGAAAGAGCAAAACAGACAACUGAAGCAGAGAGAUUUUCGCUGCAUCCUGUAUCAGCAUUCAGUACAGCAUCAGGGAAAAUGGUCAGCAUUUCUGAGGACUCAUUAAAGAAGGCUAAGAAUAUGUUUUCUGAACUGGAUGCCCAUAGUACUAGUAAUUCUGACCCCAUUAGUAUUGCACAAGACUUUUCAAAAACACACAAGAAAAAAACUGAAAAUGAAGUAAACGUUUCACUGUUUCCUGCAGAUGCAUUUAGUACUGCAAGUGGAAAGUGUGUAAGAAUUUCUGAGGACUCCCUAAAUAAAGCCAAAAGGAUGUUUGCUGAAACUGAUUUUGGCUGUAACAGUAAUGUUGGCACAGUUUAUGUGGAACAAGACUUUUCCCAAACAGAACGAGCAAAACUGACAUCUAAAACAGAUAGAGCUUCACUAUAUCCUGUAUCUGCAUUUAGUACUGCAGGUGGGAAAAUUGUCAACAUUUCUGAGGACUCAUUGAAGAAGUCUAAGAUGAUGUUUUCUGAAAUGGACACUUGUGCUACCAGUGACUCUGACCCUGUUCAUACUGCACAAGGAUUUUCUAAAACACACAGGUUAAAUCUCGCAAAAGUAGAUCUUUCACCGUCUCUCCCAGGUGCAUUUAGUACUGCAAGUGGAAAAAACAUAAGUAUUUCAGAGGAUUCCCUAAAGAAAGUUAAAAGGAUGUUUGCCGAAAUUGAUGUCACCUCUAACAAUAAUGUAGAAACUGCUUCUGUUGCACACAAUUUUUCCAAAACAGAAAGAACAAAAUUGACAUCUGCAGUAGAAAGUCUUUCACCACAUCCUGUAGCGGCAUUCAGUACUGCAAGUGGGAAGAUGGUCAGCAUUUCUGAGGACUCACUGAAGAAAGCCAAAAUGCUGUUUUCCGAAACUGAUGCUUCCAGUUACAAAGUCACUAAAAAUAGCAUGUUUGCUUAUUACUCCACAACAGUAAAUGCAAAACUAGCAAAUAAAACAGAAAGCGAUUCUGCAACUCUCAUUAGUACUGCAUGUGAACGAAAGGCAAACAUUUCAGAGAAUCUUUUAAACAAAUGUGAACAGAGCAAGACUGUCUGA